GGCCAUGCCGUGGGAGGAUAAGGCCUCCACCGAGGCGCCCCUCCCCCCAGAUAUCUUCUUCCCACUCGCCUCACUCCUCCUCGGCGCCCUCCCUCCCAGAUCCAUCUUCUCUCUCUCCCUCGUCGUCCUCUCGGCUCACCCGAGCGCCAACGUCGCCGUCGUUGGCCACCACCGCGGCGACCGUCUUCCCCGUGCCUCUCCAACCUGUCCGUCUGCACCAACGUCGUCGACUGCGUCCUCCCCGUCCACAGGAUCGAGCUUGGACCCCCUCGACCAUCGGGAUCGGGUUCUUCCCCGCACCUACGGCCGCCGACGAGCUCCGUCCGCUGCGACCGUCCUGCUACUGCUAAUCCGUCGCCGGCCUUUCGUGUGCCACACCAUCCCGAGGCCGAUGAUGCCCCGGUGAUCGACUACGUCGACGACGACCCCCCUCUCUUGCCAGAGCAACCAGACAAGCCCCCCCC